CAAAAACAUGACCAAUUUUCUUUACUUGCCGCCGGAUAGCCUCGGCUCAACUCAACUCAAGCAAGAAAGCGUUGUAAAUAUUGUGAAAACAAAAUUUGUAAGGCCACCCGUUGCGAGGAUGGUGUCCUUAAAAACGCUCACCAAAGCAGCCACAUACAUUGCCGUCGGUGGUAUUACGGCGGCUUUGAUAAUGAAGGUGAAGCUGGAGGAUAAAAUACGCCGUCAACCGUACUACAAGGAAUCGUUGAAAUUGCUCCGAUCACACCAAGGGGCGGUACAACUGCUCGGUCAACCCAUCAAGGAUCUGAGCUUCGAUAUUGGCGAGGAAAGCAAAAAGUUUGGCGGAGGCAAGAUCGACAGCUUUGCCGUCCCUGUGCGGGGCCAGAAGAGCCGCGGCAAAUACUACUUCUGGGCGGAAAUGGAAGGCGAGCGUUGGGUGAUAAGGCGGGCAGAGCUGGAGCUGGAAAAUGAACCUGACCGCCGGCUGCUUAUUAAGGCCGAAAGCCAAAUGGAGUAGCCAAUGUCGUGUCGUUAAUUUAAUACGUUUCGUAAGUAGCAAAUAAACAUUAUGCACCAAAUGAAAAUCAUGCGCUUGUGCGUUUUUUUUUGUAUGAAUUUUAUUUAAUUUUUAUAUAUUUUGUAAUAGUAAUUAAAUAUACAAUUAUCUCCGUCCCGUGGUGUGCACAACAACAAAUCAGGCAGCGAUCCUCAUCCUCCCUGCUUUGCAUCAUCCUAUAGCUACUUGGGGUGCCCUUCGUUUUGCUAUGUCGGUACGGCGGAGGCGCGACGGCGACGACGUCCUCUAAUGGUGCUUUGCUUCGUUCUAUUGGCUUUUAAUGUUCCGCUCCUGUUUGAUUUUGUAUCACUCUAUAAUUGCACCUAUUCAUCAUCAGCGCAUGGGUUCAUAUCCAUGCGGCUGCAGCCGAACGAAUUACGGCUCAUUGCAGCAUCCGCGCAGCAAGUUGGUUGGUUCGGAGAACGCUCGGAGUUCUUCUCUUCGCUUGCCGUUCCGCGUAUUAACUACCCUUCAUCUUCUGCUGCUUUGCCUCCCUCAGCUCGUCGUUACACAUCCUUCCAAUUAAUCUGUAAUAAUUAGCAGCGCAACUGCUGCCGCUGCUUUAUCAUUCGCAAUGUUAACCAGUUCUUUUCACUAUUCUACUAACACGAAUUCUCACAUGCUCCAAAGUGUCUGCAUUUCGUUUGCAGUUUGGCUUUUUUCCCAGAUUUUCUUUUUGUUUCUUUACACGUGUGGCGCACCAAGCGAAACAAAACCAAAACACACAAAAGUCCGACAAAGUCUCGGGCAAAGUCUUAGUCACAAGCAAUUAAGCUCCAGCUCCGCGCGAAAGACAAGAUUGGAAACACACACACUUGAAACGGUGGUAUCGAAAUUACGCGGCAUUUCAUAAACUACUUUACGACUGAACAAUAUAGUGCUCGGCUGCUUACCUUCAGUUUUUAUAUUCUUCAACGAUCGUUUCCUGUUUCUGUGUUUCUGUUCUAAGUGCUUUUUUGUUCUUAAAUGCAGUUCCAAACUGGCAAGCAAACGAAAUUUUCCUCAAAACAGUUCUCGUUUCCAGUUUCCUCGCCAGGGCCAUUCCGAAAGGGCAGUUUUUGUUUUGUUAAAUAGAUAAAAUUAAAAAAUGUAGGAGACAAACGUAAGAAAUGUGCGUGUUUUGCAGGUCCUUUUGUAGGUUUUUUUUUCGAGAAAGGCAAAGCAAUUCGUCAAUGCUUAUGUAUCGUCAAACGCCGUAAAAAAAAAACACCUAUGCUUGGUACAAAUGGGGCAACAAUAAGGGCUUCCUCACAUUCGGUGUUCCUUCCUUUUCUGUAUCUCAUCCCCGUCCCCUUCUGUAACACUAGCGCUACUCCGAACCGAUAAAGCGAGAGGCAAGAAGAACGAUCCUCACACUCACGAUCCUUGUUCAAAUUUCUUAAAUCCACUUCCAUCCAUCCGUUAACAACAAAUGCGGAACCGCGGAACAAAAAUGCGUCCUACCCAUUCCAACAAACUCACUCGUGCGCCUGGCCUACUAUUUCUUCCCCGAUUCUGGAUGCACUUUCUUUGCACGAGAAAGGAUGGGAGAUGGAAGGGGGUUAAAUAGUUAAAUUAGUUUUAUUCUCUUUUUUCGAUAUUUAUUUGCCCCGCACUCAGCUUAGCCUGUUCGUGUCGCGUUGUAUUAUAUGUGCUUUCGUUCUCGCGUUCUACCGCCUAAGCGGUGUCCCUAACUGUCCCUCUUUUGCUUCUCAAGAUGUGUCGGUCGUCUUACACUACAGAGUAGGUUUCUUGUUUCUGUUAUUAAAAUAAAAAAAACCGAAAAAAGACACUCGCAAGGCUCGCAAAAGAAAAA